GUGGGUGUAUCUCAGUUGCAGGAUAUGGUCAACAUAUACCAAUCAUCAAAAAUAUUAAUGACAAGCUUAGCCAGUCUCCCUCCACCCUCCCGAUUUCCCCGAGUCACGCCUCCCCCAGUAGCUCCUCACUGCACGGUCCGAAGAGAGGGCCUGGGCAGCUGGGUGACUGUGAGGAAACACUGUGGAACACUGGACAUAUAAUUCAAAAGACAAAUGACACAGGAGAGAAUUGUUCUAUGUUGUAUCCUCCUGAAACCAUCUCAGGAAGUAGGCCUAGCUCUCAUAUCUGUGAUCACUGUGGGAAGGAUUUUGUCUCUUCUACAAAUCUGAAAACACAUUUACUGUAUCUACGUGGAGAGAAACCACACAUGUGCUCUCUAUGCGGGAAAAGGUUUGUUCAGACCAGCUGUCUGAAAAGACACCUGAGAACUCACACUGGGGAGAAACCAUAUGUUUGCCCCUGUUGUGGGAAAGCUUGGAGUGAUUCUGGAAACUUGAAGAGACACAUCAAGAAAACUCAUCCAGGACAAGAAGUUGUUGUGAAGAGGCUGGCCUAUCAGAGGAGUGCCCCUUCUGGAAAUGUGGACGAAAUGUGGGACGACAUUGAUUCAGUAGAAUCAGGAGAACAGGGGGCGUCUUGGUCAUUCCGACUGAAAGAGGACACCAGAAGGAUUCCUCAGGAAGGUCGAAGUGCAUUGAUGAAUCACAGCCAUGCUGCUGCUGCUGCUGCUGCUGCUGAUGAUGAUGAUGAUAUUGGAGACAAUAAAAAACCAAAUGAAGAGGAAGGGGCUUGGGUACCUAGCAACAGGAUGGAGACCAUACCUAUGAGUCCCAGCCAAUGUGACGAUGAUGAUGAAGCUGAUGACUGUGACAUGGAGGACAGGGAUUCACUGACUAGCAGCAGAUUAAAGGAGGAGUCCUUGAAUCCCGGCCAGUCCAAUUAUGCUGGUGCUGCAGACUGGAAUGAAAAAUAUGACGAUGAGGGAGGAGCUAGGGGGCCUUGGAAAGGGGUGGAGGCGGAGCCAUCUCCAGUGAGGAGCAGCGCACAGCAGAGGGGGAGCGCUGACAAGCUUAGCCAGUCUCCCUCCACCCUCCCGAUGUCCCCGAGUCACGCCUCCCCCAGUAGCUCCUCACUGCACGGUCUGAAGAGAGGGCCUGGGCAGCUGGGUGACUGUGAGGAAACACUGUGGAACACUGGACAUGAAAUUCAAAAGACAAAUGACACAGGAGAGAAUUGUUCUAUGUUGCAUCCUCCUGAAACCAUCUCAGGAAGUAGGCCUAGCUCUCAUAUCUGUGAUCACUGUGGGAAGGAUUUUGUCUCAGCAACCAAUCUGAAAACACAUUUACUGUAUCUACGUGGAGAGAAACCACACAUGUGCUGUCUAUGCGGGAAAAGAUUUGUUCAGACCAGCUGCUUGAAAAGACACCUGAGAACUCACACUGGGGAGAAACCAUAUGCUUGCCCUCAUUGUGGGAAAGCUUGGAGUGAUUCUGGAAACUUGAAGAGACACAUCAGGAAAACCCACCCAGGAGAGGAGGUAAUUGUAAAUAAGCAGGCCUAUCAGAGGAGUGACCUUUCUGGAGAUGGGAAGGAAACGUGGGACAACACGCAUUCAGUGGAAUCAGGGGAACAGGGGAUGUCUUGGUUACUUAGACUGAAAGAGGACACCAGAAGGAUUCAUCAGGAAGGUGGAGGUACACUGACGAGUCACAGCCAAGCUCAUGAUGAUGACGACAUUAGAGGCAGCAAUGAGAAAAAAAACAGAGAGGGAAUAGCUGGGUUACCUAGCCACAAACAGGGGGCCAUGCCUUUGAUGUCCAGCCAAUGCGAUGAUGAUCCCAGUGCAGACAGCGAUGUGAAGGACAGUGAUCGGUUGAUUGGCAACAGACUGAAGGAGGAGCCCUUGAGUCCUGGCCAAAACGAUUAUGUUGAUAUUGCAUACUGUCAUGAAAAAUGUGACGAUGAGGGAAGUGACAGGCGGGCUCGGAGCGUGUGUGAGACAGAGUCAUCUCCAGUACGGGACCCCUCAGAGCAGAGGGGGAGUGGUGACAAGCUUUCCCAGUCUCCCUCCACCCUCCCGAUUUCCCCGAGUCACGCCUCCCCCAGUGGCUCCUCACUGCACAGUCUGAAGAGAGGGCCUGGGCAGCUGGGUGACUGUGAGGAAACACUGUGGAACACUGGACAUGAAAUUCAAAAGACAAAUGACACAGGAGAGAAUUGUUCUAUGUUGCAUCCUCCUGAAACCAUCUCAGGAAGUAGGCCUAGCUCUCAUAUCUGUGAUCACUGUGGGAAGGAUUUUGUCUCAGCAACCAAUCUGAAAACACACUUACUGUAUCUACGUGGAGAGAAACCACACAUGUGCUCUCUAUGCGGAAAGAGAUUUGUUCAAACCAGCUGCUUGAAAAGACACCUGAGAACUCAUACUGGGGAGAAACCGUACAGUUGUCCUUGUUGUGGGAAAGCUUGGAGUGAUUCUGGAAACUUGAAGAGACACAUUAGGAAAACCCACCCAGGAGAGGAGGUCAUUGUAAAGAGGCAGGCCAAACUGAGGAGUGACCGUUCUGGAAACGUGGAGGAAACGUGGGACAACAUUGAUUUAAUGGAAUCAGCAAAGCUGGGAAUGACUUGGUCAUUCCGGCUGAUAGAGGAGACCAGAAGGACUCAUCAGGAAAGUAGAGGUGCAUUGCUGAGUCCCUGCCAAGCUGAUCAUGAUGAUUACGACGCAAGUUGUGAUGAAAUGCCAAACGGAGAGAGAAGAGCUGGGUUACCUAGCAACAGUGUGGAGACAGUGCCCAUGAGUCCCAGCCAAUGCGGUGAUGAUCACAGUUCAGACUACGGCAGGAAUUCGUUGACCAGCAGUAGACUGAAGGAGGAGUCCUUGAAAUCCAGACAAUCCAAUUAUGAUGGUGCUGCAGACUGGAAUGAAAAGUGUGACGAUGAGGGAGGAGCUAGGUGGCCUUGGACAGGGGUGGGGGCGGAGCCAUCUCCAGUGAGGAGCAGCGCACAGCAGGGGGAGAGUGAUCUCCCCUCCACCCUCCCGAUGUCCCCGAGUCACGCCUCCCCCAGUAGCUCCUCACUGCACGGUCUGAAGAGAGGGCCUGGGCAGCUGGGUGACUGUGAGGAAACACUGUGGAACACUGGACAUAUAAUUCAAAAGACAAAUGACACAGGAGAGAAUUGUUCUAUGUUGCAUCCUCCUGAAACCAUCUCAGGAAGUAGGCCUAGCUCUCAUAUCUGUGAUCACUGUGGGAAGGAUUUUGUCUCUUCUACAAAUCUGAAAACACAUUUACUGUAUCUACGUGGAGAGAAACCACACAUGUGCUCUCUAUGCGGAAAGUGUUUUGUUCAGACCAGCUGCUUGAAAAGACACCUGAGAACUCAUACUGGGGAGAAACCGUAUGUUUGCCCUCGUUGUGGGAAAGCUUGGAGUGAUUCUGGAAACUUGAAGAGACACAUCAGGAAAACCCACCCAGGAGAGGAGGUAAUUGUAAAUAAGCAGGCCUAUCAGAGGAGUGACCUUUCUGGAGAUGGGAAGGAAACGUGGGACAACACGCAUUCAAUGGAAUCAGCAAAGCUGAAAGAGGAUGCCAGGAUACAGGAGGAAGACAGAGGUGUAGUCAUGAGUCACAGCCCAACUGAUGAGGAUGUUGUGUUAUCCUGCAAAAUGGGGGACAGGGAAUCGUUGCCCGUCAACGUUCUGAAAGCGGAGCCCUUGAGUCCCAGCCACACCGAUGAUGUUGACACUGCAGGCUGCAAAGAGGAAUGGGACGAGGAGGACAGGGAUUGGUUGGCUAGCGACUGGAAGGUGGCUGCGGCUUUAAAGAAGCCAGAGCAGAGCGACCCUCCUUACUGGACCCAGUCUGCCCGCCCACACUCCUCUAGUGGUGCAUCUCCUGGGACAGCCUUACUGCUGGAUCUGAAGAGGGUUUCAGUGAGGCUGGUCGACUGCAGAAAAAUGCUGGUGCCAAGGGACCAUGUAACACACACGCGUACAGAAAAGUGUCCUUAUAGCUCGUCUAAAGCUGAACAACACAACAAAACCAUCUCAGGAAGUAGGUCUGGCUUCCAUAUCUGUGAUCACUGUGGGAAGGUUUUUGUCUCUGUAGCCAAUCUGAAAACGCACUUACUGUAUCUCAGAGGUGAGAAACCACAUGUUUGCUCUUUCUGUGGAAAGAGAUUUGUUCAGACCAGCGGUCUGAAAAGACACCUGAGAACUCAUACUGGGGAGAAACCAUAUGAAUGUCAUCAUUGUGGAAAGGCUUGGAGUGAUUCUGGAAACUUAAAGAGACACCAGAGAAGAACUCAUCAGGAGAGAAAGUCCUCAGCAGAUCAGCAUCCAUAACAUAAGGAAACUCACUCGGAAG